AGAGAGAGAAAGAGAGAGAGAGAGAGAGAGAGAGAGAGAGCUCUUUCAGACCGAUUAUAACGAGAAAAGAGAGGGAGAGGGAGGAAGACAGAUUAAGCAGACUGAACACAACUGUUGUUUUAAUCCUCUGAGCGGAUAGAUUUAGAGGAAAAAAACUACUGGUUUGGAGAAGAGCAGCCAUAUUGCAUGGACCUUUGGUGGAAUAACAAGACUCAGAGGAGCAGGAAUACGCGGAGUUCAGGAGCGGACGCUACUUUUACCGCACACUUUUCCCUUUCAUUUGACUCUCUCCUAUUUAUUAUUUAUUUAUUUGAUUUCUAGAUAGUGUUAACCGAUAGAUUGAAAGAUGAAGGACCGACUGGAGCAACUAAAGGCGACAUGUGAUCAUGAUGAUGAAGAUGUUGAGAUCGCGGUGGACAACGCUGCCUUUAUGGAUGAGUUCUUCUCCCAGAUUGAAGACAUCAGGAACAGCAUUGAUAAGAUCGACGAGAAUGUGGCCGAAGUGAAGAAAAUUUACUCAGUUAUUCUUUCUGCACCAACAUCUGACCAGAAAACACAGGAUGAUUUGGAGGCGCGCACUAAUGAUAUCAAGAAAAUGGCCAACAAUGCUCGUAACAAACUGAAGACCAUUGAAAGGAAUCUCGAGAUGGAAGAAGUGGAAAGAGUAUCGGCGGACAUAAGAAUACGCAAAUCACAGCACGCUGUACUUUCCAGGAAGUUUGUUGAUGUGAUGACCAAAUACAAUGAAGCUCAGGUGGACUUCAGAGAGAAAAGCAAAGGUCGCAUUCAGAGACAAUUAGAGAUCACUGGUAAAGCCACAACUGAUGAGGAGCUGGAGGAGAUGCUGGAGGGAGGAAACGCAGCCGUUUUCACAGCGGGGAUUGUGGAUUCAGGGAUCUCCAAACAAGCGCUGAGUGAGAUUGAAGCGCGUCACAAAGACAUUGUGCGUCUGGAGAGCAGCAUAAAGGAGCUGCAUGACAUGUUUGUGGACAUCGCCAUGCUGGUGGAGAGCCAGGGCAACAUGGUUGAUAACAUUGAGGUGAAUGUAGGAAAAGCAGUCGAUCAUGUUGAAGCGGCAAAGACUGAAACCAAGAAAGCAGUCAAGUAUCAGAGUAAAGCCCGGAAGAAAAUAAUUAUUAUAGUGUCCGUGGUUUUGACGGUUUUGGCAGUUAUUGCUUUGAUAGUGGGUUUAUCUGUAGGUCUGAAAUAAAGUCUCUGAAGAUGAUUAUACUGGGUGUGAUUGGUGCUGUGGUGCUCAUCAUCAUCCUCAUCAUCAUCCUCACACAGGUUCUAUGAUAACCUCUGUGGCUGCUCAUGAACUCUUCAUUAUUACAGAUGAUCAUUUCCUCUCCUUUCCAUCCUCCCUGUUUUUCCUUGGAAGUACGUCAAGAUGAAAGCUCCGCCCCCUGCACCUGUGGCCCCUCCCUUCAUCAGCACAAACCAAUGGGAAUCUACUCUGCUGGAACCUUAGUGAUGAUCAAGGAAACAAGGUUUUUUUGUAAGGGUGUGAUGGGAAAUGUUUAAGGAACUUCUUCUACAUGCCAGGAAUCGCGUUUGAAGGAAGCACCUUUUAAAUACAUGGACGAAUCCAUGAGCACAGAAUAAGGGAUUUUUAUGAGACUUACAAGGGAAAUCUAACCUCUGUUUUAAGCCCUAAUGUUUUUAUUGGAUUGUGUUUUCAUAAGACACAUCAAUGGCUACAUCUGCUGGUUGAGCUACUGAACUGUUCUUGAUCAAAAGGGCUUAGAGACUCAGAAAUGAUUUCAGCUUCUAUGCUGGAUCCCUGUGAAAUGAACACAAUAAGCUAAGCUUUGAUGGGUCGUCCAGAAUGGAAGAAAUCCACAUGUGUAUGUUUGUAAUGUGAUGAACGUCUGUAUGGGAAUUAACCAAAGGAAUAAAUUACAUUAUAUGUUU